UACAAAUACGAUCAAAGCAUAGUGACCAAUGACAAACAACCUUUCCAGACAUUGGCCUAGAGCUCUAGGAAAAAAACUGAAAAAGUAGAUUGCCAGUGUAAAUUUCUAUUAACUAGUGAAAUGAAAACGUACUGAAUAGGUUUAUCUUUAAAAUGAUAAAGAUUGUACUCUUUCUAAUUUUACUUGAACUCUCACUUGGCAAUGCUAAACAUUGCAAGGAUGGCUGGAUCAGACAUCUUGAUAAAUGCUAUUCCAUUAUCAAAAACAUUCCGCAAGGUCCCACGACGUUAAGCAGUAUAUGUGAAGAACAAAAUGCAACUUUAGUUAGUGUUAAUUCUACGAGAUUACAAUCUUGGGUUGAACAAUUGAUCUGGAAAUCAGGAAGUACUAACACUUUUCUAGGACUGUUUAGAACCAACACAUCCUUAUCUUGGAGACAAGACUUUACUUGGUUUGAUGGAAAAGAUGUAGAUUUUCAUUUCUUCCAUCCAAAGCUUCAGCCUUUUAAAACUGAAAAGGAGAAUUUUACAGUAAUUAAUAGCAAUGGAUUUUGGUAUGAUUCUGUUAGAGACAAAAACUACAACCUUCUCUGCGCGUAUAUCGAGGCUGAUGAAACGGAAUGUAAUCCAGUUUGGUAUAUGACUUAUAGAAAGGCUAGUGCUCAAACGAUCCUAAAACAACUUGUCAUGGACAGAAUACCUUGCCAGGAGGAAUGCUUCCAAAAGAUAUAUGGUGAUUGCAAAGCAAUAACUUGGAACUAUCGUUCUAAGACGUGUAAACAUUACUCUGAAAAAAUGUAUGCUGAUAAUGCAAAUAAGUUUUCUUACAACGCUUAUGUUAAUCAUUAUCAAUAUGAAUGCGAAGGGAAAGUUGCUGUGUCAACUUGCACAGCAGAAUUUAAUAUUGAAGAUUUAUCAGACGCAAACUUUCAAUCUUCGUCCUCAUAUACCAACGUAAAGCCUCAUGACGUCAAAUUGAAUAAUUAUAUCAAACCAAAUAAUUAUGGAGCGUUUAGAUUUGGUACUGUUGAUAAGUUUCAGUGGUUACAAAUACGAUUUGAAAGUUUUAUUAAUAUGAGUGGAUACUCUCUUCUUGGCGGAAAUUUAUUGGAUAGACAUUACAUUAUCAAUCACUAUUUACUAUACAGUUUAAAUUGUGAAUCAUUUGAAUAUUAUCACAGUGAUUCAGUCCAGCAAAUGCCCAUGCCGGGAAAUAAACCAUGGUCUUCUAUAAAAGUUAUACUGUUAGAGAAUCCAAUUGCUGCUAAGUGCAUUCGAAUUAAUCCUAGCGAUUGGACAGUUUCACCAUCAUUCAGAAUCUCCAUUCGAGGAUGUAUUAUUCCAGAUGUGAAUAUUCUUGAAACUUAUGGCCAUAAGUUGGGGAUGGGAUCUGGUCAUAUUGAGGAUACGCAACUAACUACUAGUAACUAUGCAACUGCAUCCGUCAUCCAUUAUCCACCCUUCUUAGCUAGAUUCUAUGGCAGAAAAGCGGACUUUUCAUUUCAAAAGCCUUGCUGGGAAACUAGCUUACGAGAUAGCUGGUUUCAAGUUAAUUUCGUACAGGAUAUUCAGCUGCAGUCACUCACUGUAAGUCAAUCUCCAUUUUGCUCUGGAUAUAUAGCGAAAUUUACGAUUGCAUUGGGAUUGUAUCCUGAGGACUUGGAUACAAAAUUGAAGGAUAUCGACGGGAACAUAAUAUAUUUUGAAGGGACACCAAUUGCUUUACAACCUAUUAUUUACAUCUUGAAAUCACAAAUUAGAGCACGUUAUGUGAGAAUUUAUGGUUUUUCUUUUGUUAGCUCUGGUGGUUCUGUAUUUGAGUUUUAUGGUAAACUGGAUGUAACUUGUCCAAAGCUCAAUGCUGAUAUAACAGUAACGCCCUCUUGUCCUCUACCUAAGAAUACUGUACUAUUCUUUGAUAAGGAAACAAAUUCAUCUUAUACAAGAACAGAAUCAGCAAUGCUAAUCAAUUUGUCAUUUUUGUAUCAUUUAACAUCCUUUCAAUUUACUUGGAAAAAACUUCCUACCCCAAACUGGCAAUUAGAGUGGUCAAGAGAAAAUGAAAUAUGGAAACCACUUGAUCAAUAUACAACAACAAUGCCAGAUGAUCUAACUAUGAAUAUAACUUUUAAGAAUCGUCAUACAGCUAGUAAACUACUCUUAACAUUUUGGCAUACUAACUCAAAUUUCAACUUUCCUUGUGCCGAUAUUUCUAUAGAUGGUUGGUUUAUAACAGGUUUAGAUACAAUGUAUCACGUUUGCGAUAAUACUGAAUGGACAGAUAAAGCUCACUUGAUAACCAUCUCUUCUUAUGAAGAAAAUGCUAUUCUAAGCAAUUUAGCUUACAGUUACAGCCAGCCUUAUUUUAUUGGAUAUGCUCUAAAUGAAACAAUACCUGAAAAGCCUUUUUUUGAAUUAAUUCUUCCGAAUUAUCAAUGGGAGUGGGUAGAUAAAGAAAUGAAUAACUUUUCAAAUUGGCUGCGAGAUUAUACAGGCGGACAGCCAGAAGAUAAAACUAAGAGCUGCGUCAGACAUUCAGGAAGAGAUGUUCAUGCUUGGGAGGCAGUAGAUUGUUCUGUUCCAGCCUAUUACGCUUGUGAAAUAAAAAAUAAUAGGAAAGAAAUGAGCAAAAAAUUGAGAUGGUUACCUUACAUCAAUAGAGUAUUGAACACUAACUUUAAGAAAACUACGAUUACUGCAUUCAGCGCCGAUGGUUGUGCCUAUUAUUGCGAAAUGGAACAAAGAUACGAAUGCAAGGGUUUUUCAUUCAAGAAACCUACCUGUUAUUUAUAUGCAGGUACUUCUCUUGAAGGUAUAUCGAAAGGUUUAGGUUGGAUAUCUUGGGAAAAGUACAUAGAUAGAGAUAAAUGUGAGGAUGGCUUAUUAUAUGGACCAAAUAGCAUAAAAGACAUAGAAAUAACAUCGAAUGUUUUAUCGCAAGCCUCUAACAAUCUCAGCAGACUAUUUAUGAACUUUCGACAAUUUAAUACUUACAAAGAUCCUAUUAAUGAAGGUUAUUUUAAAGCUGCUUCUUCAAACCCAUAUAUACUUAUAAACUUUAAGAAGCUGGUAAAAAUAAACCGACUUGCUAUUGAAGGAGCCGGAAGUACAUUGGCCAAUUGGGUGGUUGAUUUUCAAAUGGAAGUAAGUAAUGAUAGUGAAAUAUGGCAAGUUGUAAUGAAUUCAAAGGGAGAAUCAAGGUUAUUUUUGGGCAACAUAAACCAGAAUCUGCCUGUUCAGAAUAGUUUCUAUCCAACACUUGUAACAAAAGUUGUUCAUCUUCAAUCAAUAAGCUAUCACAUCGCUCCUACAUUAAGAUUAGAAUUUUUUGGCUGUUCUUAUUCUUUAAAAGACGAUCAAGCCAAAGGCCCUCUUGCUAAAGCGCUUGGUUUAGCCAACUUCUAUAUCUUGGAUUCUCAAUUAUCAGCCGGUUAUUUUUUUUAUGCUGAUGGAACAAUAAACGAAAUUCGACCUGGUUGUAAUCCAAUAUUUGGUGGUAACAAAGGAUUCUUUAUUUCAAAAUAUAAGCAUCUAAACAAUUUUUGGCAAGUUGAUUUAGGAUACCAGCAUUUAGUAACUUAUGUUGUUCUUCAAGGGGCAUGUCAAUCAAAUUUCCACAUUUUAGCGUUUAGUAUUCAAUAUGCAAAUGACUUUGACUCUUGGAAAGAUGACGAACAAGAUGAUGGUACAAAACGAAUUUAUAAAUCUCAAAGAGACAAUAAAAGAUGGCGUGCUGAAUUUGCAAAGAAUAUACAAGCUCGAAUUUUCAGGUUUUGGAGGGAGGGCAGUUUCGUCGUAGAAGGGGCUGUUACAAUGGAAAUUUAUGGUUACCCUAUAGAAAAUGAAUUUUAUAUCCUAAACAAAACGGAAUCUUUUCCAAAGAAUAUAACGGCUUCAUCAGAAAAUAAUUCUACAUCAAUAGCAUCUUUAGCAUUUGGAGAUCCAAGCACAUUUUGGUGCAUAUUAAAUAAUGAUUCGAGUCCAUGGUGGUUUAUUGAUUUUGAUCAAAUCUACUAUGUAAAUCGACUAGCCAUUUACUAUAGAGAUAAUAUAACUAAUGAAGCUUGUGAUGACAUAAUUAUAUUAGGUUCACAAUAUAAUGAAACCAAUCUGAAUGAUUUAUCUGAGGGAUCAUAUUGCUUUUUUUCUGAAACCGGAACAUCUAUGUACUUUGCACCGGCAUUAAGAAUCCGUUUUCUAAAGUUUUUAAUCAAUAAUACUGCUGAUUGCAUAAGAUUUGAAAUAUAUGGUAAGGUAGCUCCUGUCUGUCCCCCUGGAUCAGCGAGACAUCUUGACAAAUGCUAUCUUUCAUCGAAUUCAAAAGAUACACGAGAUAAAGCCGAAUCAUUCUGUAAAUCUGGUUUGAAUUGGAAAAGUGAAGGAUAUAUAGUUAGACCAAAGAGUUUUCUGGAACAAACAUUUGCAACUUUGUUAAUUUAUGAAAAAUUCGGUUUAAGCAAUUAUUUUAUUGGAUUAAAGAACCUUGGACCAAACUAUUUUCAAUGGGAUAAUGGCGAAAAUCUGACAACUACUCUUAUUAGACUGCCUGACUUUAAUCCAGAGACUUUUAGUCCAACUAAAACAUGUACUGUUGGAACGAGAGAGUAUGCUACAGUUGCAUGUUCAACGCCUGCUUUAGUAGUGUGUGAAACGGAAGCAAACGAGCCUGAUAAUAGAGGGGAUAGAGAUGUUGAUGAUUGUAGACCUUCAUGGAGCAAGCAAACGCAGAGACUGGUACUUAGUGAUCCACCUAUUAUUCUGAAUGCUGUAACUCUCGAACAAUGUAUGGAUUAUUGUCUUAAUCAUAAAGAUAUAUGUAAAUCAUUCAAUUAUCAAAAUUUGUUGUAUUCUUCGACUGCAUGCGAGAUAAAUAAUAAAACAGCAACUGAUGUAAACUAUUCUGGAGUACAAGCAACUAAUUCAUAUACGUACUACGAAUAUAUUUGUUUUGAUUUUACUACCACUCGUCUUUUACCUGAAUACUCAGAAAGAGAGGAAGAAUUUGGCAUAAAAUCAAAAAUUUUCAACAGCUUUGAUUCAGUCCGAAUUAUUUAUAAUCUCUAUGGAGUAGCAGCUAAUUCUUACAACAUUCUAAUUGGCAAAAAUACUCACUUUUCUUAUCUUCAAAUUGAUUUUCCAAAAACAGUAAAAUUAUUGGCAUUUUCUACCCAUGGUUCAUGGUCCACUGCUUUUUAUACUAAAAGUGGAGGUUUCUACUAUAAAGUAAAUAAUUAUGAUCAUUGGAUCCCUCAUAGAAAUAGCAACGGAGUUUGGAUAGAUUAUCGGUUAAUUCAAUCUAGGGAUUUUGUAUUGCAUAUGGCAUUCAAACCAACUAUUUUGUGCGAAAGCUUAAGAUUUGCCGCUGGACAGUAUAAAACUGUACCAACUUAUGCCCUUCAAGUAUAUGGGGAAUAUAUAGACAAAGCUCCAGAUACUUGUGACCAUCCCCUAGGUCUUGAAAAUCCUUCAAUGAUAACAGAUAUGCAAAUAACUGCUGCAAGUUAUACUGCUUUAAGUUAUCCGACGUAUUCUCAAUGCGUUCGUUACAAUUAUCAAGGAGGGUGUUGGCUUCAUUCUACUCCUACAUAUAUUCAAUUUGACCUCAUCAAUUUAUAUAAAAUUUCUGGUUUUGUGUUUCAAAUAUGUGAUUCUACUUCUCGUACAUACAUAACAAGAUGCCAAUAUCAUUACAGUUUAAAAAGGAGUGAAGAUUGGAAAAUUUAUAGUGAAAAUGGAGAAAAUGAGUUAAGAGUUUCAGGAGCUAACCCACUUGAUAAAUCAAUGAAUUACAAGAUUAAUUUAAAACAUAUAACUUAUGCUAAAUUUGUAAGAAUCUAUCCAACGGCAAAAGUAGGACACUAUGGAUUUCGUUUGGAAAUAAUUGGUUGUAUUGUCCAGGAAGGUCUACUUGAACAAAAUUCUAGAAGUUCUAUUAAAUUAAUAAAUGAAAUUGAUGCUAUGAACGAAAUUUUCUCUUGGGAACCUAUUAAUGAAAUGACAAAUUUAACUUGUAUUGGUGAUACCAGCAUUGAUUUUAUUAACAUAUUAAAGAUGGAUUUUACUAUUGCAUACAAAAUCACUGGUUUUCGAAUUGUAUCCAAUUUAACGCAUCGCCUUAACAUUUCAUUUGAGCACGGUAUCAAAAAUAUAAACAUGACGACUUAUGAAGAAGGAAUAGACUAUAUUACUAAUAAUACUAUCCAUGAUAUUUUCCUAUCUUUUCCCAUUGUUGCAAGAUAUUUGUUCAUAACUGUUAGAAAUAUAUCCAGCGCAUGCUUAAAAUUAACAAUGAAUGCAGCUUCACAAGGAUAUUGUCCUCCAUCAUAUUACCUUUUUGGAAAAAAAUGCUUUACUGCAUCUUCAACAUUGGGUAGUCUGACUUAUGCUACAGAAAAGUGUACAAAUUGGAAUGGAUACUCAGGCUUAACAACUAUGAAAAGAAAUAACCACCAAUUUGUGAACUUUAUGUCUGCAGUGGCUUACAAGUCAUUUUUUAUUGGCAUUCGUAAGAUCAACAAUCAAUGGAUGUGGGAUGACGGAGAUCCAGCUAGCAAUAACUUGGAGAAAACCAAGAUUACAGGAAGUAAAGUGUGUUUACUGAUGUUCAACACUGGAUGGAUUAUUCCAACCAACUGUAUUAGCAAAUACAGCUUCUCUUGUGAGACUGAAGCUCUUGGUUUUGAAGAUGAAUUGUAUGAUAAACAAUGGCUGGCUUAUUUUUCGAUUGAUCUGGAGACAAACCUCACGAGUAUUACUUUUGAUACAAUUCUUCUAACUCAAUACGAAUGCAUGAAAGCAUGCGAAGAAGAAACUAGAUUUAGAUGCCUAGCUUUUAGGGUUUUUGAUAAUCUUCAAAAGUGUACUCUCUACUCAGCCAAUAGAUUUAGUUCUCAAACUGUCCUCAAAGAAAAUGUAGCACGAAGCAUAUAUUUUGAAUUGUUUCAUUCAGGAAAGUGUUCGGAAUCACUUCUGUCCAGUGGAUCAUAUGGUACAACUUGGAAUGUCUCGUCAGAAUUUUCUACAGACAGGGCAACAUACCUCAAUUUUCAACAUAAAAGUACAAGUCAACUAAGUUGGAGACCUGCUAGCAGCGAUGUCUUGCCUUGGUUUCUUGUCUUUUUUGAUAUGACACUUUCAUUAUCACAUUUUAUCUUGGGCGGAAAUGCAAACCCUAAUUUUGCCUAUUAUGUAACUGAUUUUACUCUCAAAUCUUCUUUUGAUUUAAUCACCUGGAAGAAUAUUACAGCAAUUGAUGGUACAAAUACUUUUAAGGGUCUUGUGAAAUAUGAUUUUACUAAAACAUACAUAUUUUCCGAAUCAAACUAUGCGAGAUAUUUGCUUUUGAACAUUCAAAAGUUUGAGACCAGUGCAAAUGCAAGAUUUGAAGUAUAUGGUUGUAUUGAUAUCAUUGUAGAUUGCCAGAGUAUCAAAUCUAUAACAUGCCAAAACAAUUGGAAUAUUAUUGGUCUAAAAUUAUCUAGUAGAGAUAAAUGGUUUAAAAGCUGGUAUGAUUAUACAAAUGGUUUCUCAACAAGUGUGGAACUAUGGGCUGGAAACUAUCAUAUAUCAAAACUGACUAACUACAGGUCAUACGUUGUUAGAUUUGAUAUGUGGUCAAAAGAUGGAGAGCAUAUCUAUGCAGAAUUUUCUCAAAUCAUAGUUCGACCAGAGAUGGAAUCAUUUACCUUAGAGUUAAAAAAAUUCUUGAGGGGCACAGCAACCCAUGGAAACCUAAUUAAGAAAAAUAUGAUUUUCAAUACUUUUGACAAAGACAAUUCACGUUGUUCAUCUCCAAUCAAAAGCGGUUGGUGGCAUAGAGAGAAUGAAUGUUCAUCAUCUAUUCUUACAGGACCUGAGUCUGUAUGGCAAGUAUUGAAAACGACAUUUAAUUCACAAUAUAUCUUUAAAGUCGAAAAGUUUGUUAUGAAAAUGAAGUCAUUAUCUACCUAUAAUGUUGCUGUUCUAAAGAAGGCUUUUCAGAAAACCACCUAUGGAGAGUAUGAAGCUAAGCUUGCAGUUGAUAGUAUUAGAAUAUCAGAUCCUAGUAAAAGAUAUUGUGCAGUUGGAACUCCUACAGAUUACCCUUGGUGGUACGUCGAAUUGGGAAAGACGUUCACAAUUGGUUCAGUUACGAUAGUUACCAGCGAUGUCCAUUCAUUGUCAAAGUUCAAAAUAGGCGUAGCUGAGGAAUCGUUGAAUGGCAAUUUUAGUAUUUCUAAAUUUACUCUAUGUAGAUAUUACACAGGAGUUAUUUCUCGCAGUUCAACCAGAACCAUAGAAUGCACCAAUCCCUACCUGAAGGGAACUACAUUAGCUAUUUGGAUGGUGGGAACUGAUAAAACUUUAAGCCUGUGCGAAAUUGAAGUAUUACCAAAAAAAUUAGCAAUAUCUAUAGGUAAAUAUGGUGAUAUUUGUGAAUGGGAUGGCGAUUGUGUAGAGACGCUAUCAACAUGCAUUCCUACUAGAGAACCUGAUAGUUUUGAUCCAGUGACAUAUACUUGUGGAUGCCAAACGUUCACAGUAGUAGUUGAUAAAAAAUGUAUACCUAAGACUGAUGUUGCAGUUACGAAAAUAGCACUCUACAAUUCAAAACAAGUCAUUGUUCGAGAUGAACCAAUGGUUGAACCUUUUAAAAUAUAUCUUAAAAGUGUUACGGGCAGAUAUAUUGAUAAAAAGAGCCUUCCAAUGACUAAUUUUAACUUGACGUAUCUUAUUCUUACAAAUUCAACAAACAACCAUACAUGGAAAAUAAAUUUGCCUGUUACAUCUGUGCCAGGCUUGAAUAAAUAUAUUAAAACUCGAGGAAUAACUACAAUACAAGUUUCUGUAAAUUAUACAUUACCAACUAUAGACUGCAGUGAAGUUAAAUAUAUUUGCACUGAAGUAGUGCCAUCAAAUUAUGGCACAUACAUAGAUUUAGAACAAGAAAACAAUGCUUAUUGUACAACAAUGGAGCAAAUGCUCAUCUGUCAGCCUGAUAUUGACGUAGCUAUAAGUGACAUUCUGUGGAACUCUUCAGAGCCAAUUUACAGAGAUAUUGAACAAAAUAACUCCAUUAUAAUUUCUUUUCAUAAUUUGCCAACAAACAGUCACAGCGUUAUUAAACUUGAAGGCGAUAGGGUCAACUUUCAAAUUGAAUAUCUUGUAACAAAACACAAACAAACGUUCAAUAGUUCCUCUACUGGAUGGAAGGAGUUUCAACUUGACUUACAAACUAAACAGCAAGGUCUUGCAGUUGGAAAUACUCUAAAUAUUUCGUCAUCUUUCAUUAGUAAACUUUCCAGAGAAGACUGCGAGGACAACAUAUAUAUUUGUAUACGAUUUAUUCCAUCUAAUUCAUCUAGUUUUAAAGGAAAUAAUACUGAUAACGAUAUAUUAUGUCUUGAUCUCAAUCCACUAAAAAAUUGUACUCCAGCUAUACAAAUAAAACCGCAGAUAGCGACUCCUCCGCAAACUAUUAUCAGAGGCUAUAAUCAAUCCUUUCGAACAACUUUUAAUUGGACAAACAUUGAUAAACGAUUCGAAGUUUCUACACUUCCAGCUAACAGAAACAAUUUCCAAAUAACACUAUUUUUUUCUGAUGUUGAUAGAGAAAAAGAGGAGAUAGGAAAUUUUGAAUUAGCAAUAAAAUCAAUAUCCGAAACAGCUAGUCUAAAAUAUAAAGAAAGUUUGAAUUUUGAAUUUCUAGGCGUCUUGCUAAUUCAAAGAGAUCAAUGCGAAAAUGUUAAAUACCUGUGUGGUAUGGUAGUGCCUGCACAAGAUUCAUCAUAUUCUCUCUAUAAUAGUUCCAUUCCAUAUUCUUGUUCCGACCUAAGGGAUAUUAUCAAUUGUAUUGGUCUAAAAAUAGAAAAUUUAACAUUUACUCUAGAAUAUAAUAGCCUUAUGGAAGGGACAUACAGUAACUUUUCAAUAUUCUGGGAUAAGGGAACAGAUGUGAAUUUUAAUGUUAGUUAUGGUGAUGGAAUAAUAAAAACAUGGAAUUGGUUUAUUGAAGGUCAUAUUCAAUCAUUUUUAUCUAUUGAUAAAUAUUUUCUAACUUAUCUGUAUGAAAGAUAUGGUUUAUACAACGUCAGCGUUACAGCAUGGAAUGACGUUGGACAAGAAACGCUCUGGCUGUUAAAAAAUGUUGAGCCUAUAUUAAAGAAUCAUAUUUUUAUUAAAAAUAGUUAUGUACCUAACGAACCGCCUUUAGAAGUGUCUGUAGUUGUCGAUUUUAUCAAUGAAAAAAACAACAAAACCAGAGAUAUUUAUCUAACUUGUAUCAUUGAAACUGGUCACAACUCUUCAGUUUCUACGACUGGAAUUUUGAAUUAUUCACUACCUUUCUCAAUUUAUUACAACUAUAUCAAAGAUUUAUAUCAAGCAGAAGCAAUUGUUACUUGUAAUAACUCAGUUUCCAAUGUAUCAACAACCAGUUUUUUCAUGCUCCAGCAAAAUAUCUCGAAUCUGACUAUAGCCUAUGAAGCUGCAAUUUGGCCAACAUUCAAAAAUUUAUCACUAACUUUAACUCUUCAAAAUGGAAGUGAUGUUGAAUAUGAUAUAUUUUUUGGUGACGGUACAAAUGUUUCAGUAAAAACUCCAAGACUAUUCGCUUAUGAAGAACCAUUAGUUGUAAAUCAUAUGUAUGAAAUAGACGGUAUCUAUAGAACCGUUGCAAUAGGCCGGAAUAAAUUCUUUAAUACAACUAGUAUCAGCGAAACUUCUGUUAUAAUUCAACAUAAAAUUAUGAAUGCAUCAUCUUCCCUUGUUUAUGUUGAGCCAAGAAACGUUACACUUAUUCUCCAACAGCUUUCUCCUCGUUUCCUUCCUACAAAUGUUACUUGUAAAACAACUUUUGGUAACGAUACUGAGGUCAAUAGUACUUUAGUCAAUCUUCUUGAUGGACUUUAUGUGAACAACAUCUACAGUAGAAGAUAUAAUCAGAAGAGAUUUAAGGAUAUAGUAGUUGAUAGUAAUUGUUCAAAUUUAGUAUCAAGCGCUUUCUUUUCCCUAAAUUUAACUUUAAGGGAAGAGAUAACUGGAUUAAAUGUUUCUUCCAAUACCAAUUUUACAGGUGUUAAUGAGACAAUAGAAUUCGUGGCAUCAACUACAACUGGAGAUAAUGUUAAUACAUAUCUAGAUUACGGAGAUAAUUUAUUAGACAUUAAAGAGCAUGAAAACAUUUAUAAACCGACUAUGUUCAAUCAUUCUUAUCGUUUAACAGGCAACUAUACAGUUACAUUAACCAUUAAUAAUACUGUUAAUGAAUUAAUAUCAACUCUACCAUGGCCAAUGGUAAUUCAAUAUCCUGUGAAUGAUGUUAUUAUAAUUGGACCAAAUGUAACUACACUUGAUGUUCAACCAUCUGAAUUUACUAUAAAAGUCAAUUCACAAAAUCAACCACCAAGUAGUCUAUUUUGUUCGAUAAAUAUUUUCGGAGAUGAUAACAAUUCCACAGAGAAUUAUCAAUAUGAACCAGAUCUAUCUAUUACAAAAUCAAUUAAAUUAAUCUAUGAUUAUACUAGAAAAGACGCUGGUCGAAUAUUAAUGACCCAAAUUAUUUGCAGAAACUUGAUCAGUUCUGCGGCUACCUCUCAUAAUAUUAGCGUAUAUGAAAAGCUGAGCGUAAUCGAUAUGGUUUAUAAUACAUCUGUUAUAAAAUUAGAAAAUUUAACAUUAAACGUUCUUGCUGAGAAUGGUUCAUCUGUAACUUAUACUGUUUCCUUUGGAAAUUUCUCUACUAUGGUUAAGGCACACCCUAAAGUUUAUGCUAGCGCUGAACCCUUUAUUAUUCAGUUUCCUUUUCCUGAAAUUGGUAUUUUUACUAUUAAAGUUAAAGCAGAGAAUUUUGUGAGUAAAUUGGAAACUUUUGGGGAGAUAAUAGUACAAAAUAGAAUAGAUAACAUUGGAUUAAUAGGUAAUAAAUCCGUUCUAUGGAUUCCUGGCAUAAUUCAAUAUGAGCUUGUUUCAAUGAACAAUCAAGGACUUCUAACUGAUGUCAACUGCUCAUUUUCAUUCAGUAACGGAAUGACUAGAGAAGAAUUUAUACCUAUAUGGAAACCAUUACAAUCUCUCUAUUAUUAUCAUACAUUUCCAAAAUCAGCAAUUGGAAUUCUAAAUACUACAGUUAUUUGUAAUAAUCUAGUUUCUUCAAUGACUGUUAAUACUUCAACAGAAAUUAUUUUGGAUGCUGUCAUUCUUGAUUCUAUGAGGAGUAAUGGUACAGUCUUUUUUAAGAAUGUAUCAACAAUUAUUACGGAAGUUAAGAGAAUGGGAACAAAUUCUUGCUUUAUAUUCGAUUUAGGUGACGAUUCUGCAACAAAAAUGUCUUUUGGAGUGAACGAUGUUUGUCAGGAAUACUCCGAUUUCAGAUCAAUUCCCUUUACGCAAAUCUCAUACGAUCAACAGUAUAUAAUUGUUGAACACACUUAUGAUAAAUUUGCUGAAUUUAAUGUAACUGUUAGAGCAUUUAAUUCUAUAACUGAAGAAAACCGAUGGGUUAUAGCAAAAGUUAUUGAUUGGCUUUGUUUUAUUCCAAAUGCAACAAUCCCAGAGAUAUUUAUGGAUAUAAGUAAUCCUCAAGAAGUACCUAAAGGAUUAAACACUGAAAUACCUGUUAAUAUCACUCAAGAUUGUAUGAAAACAACCGUCGUAGUGUAUGAUUGGAAAACCUAUAUCUUACCGUCGGAAUCUCUUGUCUACUCAUUUUCCAAUAAGUCGUUUACUUUCCCGCCAAGGACUUUAGAUUUUGGAUUGUAUCGUAUUGAUUAUACCAUACACAUGCUUAAUCUUGAACAUCUAAGGAGCAGCUAUAAAAUUUAUAUUCAGAUAGUUCCAAGCCCUCUUCAAGUAUUUUUUGUUCAAGGGAAAGAAACUAUAGCAAAAUACGAUACCAUUCUAACUCUAGAUGCAAUUUCCUUAACAUUUGAUCCAGAUAAUAAUCCUAACGAAAAAUUAAAAGGACUAUCAUUUUCAAUGUAUUGCCGACAAGCGCAUGAAACGUUACCAAAUUCAGAUAAAUAUACGGAUGAAACUCUAAAUAAUAUACCUACCUUAGAAGAAUUUCACAAAAAGGGUGGAUGUUUCGGUAAAGGACCUGGUAGAGUUAAAGAAGAUUCUAUGGGAGUUAGAAAAUUCAACACUUACUACAUGCUACCAAAUAGAACCUAUAUUGUAACUGUUAAAGUAGUAUCCGAAUACGCUAAUCGAGAGAAGAUUGUUGAACAUAAAAUUAAACUUUUACCACCAAGUCCUCCCGUUUUAAAGCUCACAUGCUUGAAAAAUUGUGGUGAAAAAAUAGCUCUCUCAUCAGAUUUCAUAAUGAAAGUUGAAUGUCUAUCAAAAUGCUCUGGCUUAUAUUGGACAAAACGUUAUCUCUGGAAACUAUACGAAAGACAUGAUGAUGGAAACUUCAAAGAAGUUGACGAUCUACGUUCUAAGACCACUGAUGAAUUGAACAUAGAUUCAAUUAACAUUGGUAAAGGGAAAAUGACUCACGGAAAAAUGCAUAGCUUAAUUGUUGAAGGAGUUUUAGAAGGUGUAGGAGAAACUGGAAGAGAAAAUUAUACUUUCAUAGUUAAUAAACCACCCUACGGUGGUAAAUGUGACUGUAUGCCUAGAAGUGGUUUUGCUGGUGAAACACGUUUUGCCAUAAGUUGUUUAAACUGGAAAGAAUUUGAUAGAACGUCCGAUACAAUGAAUUUAAAAUAUCAAUAUCGAGCUAAACCAAAAGGAGCAAGUUUGAAAUUCCUUCUUCAUUUCUCUAUCAAACAAGAAAUUGUUUACUUAAUGUUGCCUGUUGGCGAUGAAGUUAACCAAACUACCGUGAUCAUUAUAUCAGUAAUAGAUUCUGUUGGUGAUAUUUAUGAUUUUCUUUUUGACGUCCACGUUGAACCACCACCAAUUCCAGUGGAUAGAAUACUCGCAAUGUCCAAUGAUCUUGUAGAUGGCAAACAACUACAAGAUGACUUGAAAAAUGGAUCAUUCAGCCAAGUAGCUUCAGUUGUUUAUUCUGUUACAUCAAUUUUAAAUGCCAAACUCAAUGAUACAAAAAGCGUUUCUUUACCAAAGGAGAAAAAGCUUGAAAAUGCUUGCAAUCAGACAAAAGAAAAACUAAAGAUCCGACAGAAAUUGAUGAAAGUUGCAUUAAAAAUUCCAUAUGAAUCCACUGAUGAACUUCAGCAGAAUAAUGGUCUAGUAAGCACGCUAAUGUUAAAGUCAGAUGAAGUAUCUUUAAAAUCUCAGGAAGAUGCUAGUGAUCAAUUAUUAAAAUUAAAUACCGCAUUGAACAACAAUAGAGAGCAAUCCAAAGAACUUAUUAAUGAAAUCUCUAUAAGCCUUGUUGGAACAUGUAUCAGAAUGACAUUGGCAGCUAAUUCCGUGAAUAAACAGGUUCAGCAAGCUAUUCAAUCAUCAAAGAAGUCUAAUGGAACAGCUACCUGUAUAACUAUAGAUGAUAAUGGCAACAUUACGGACAGCAGUGACAACACUGAAACAUCGUCUAACAGUUCGACAGCUAUUAGUGGUACACAGAGUAAAUUGAAGACUGUUAUGGAGAAGACAAUAAACGUUAUACAUAACGUUUCCGACGAAUUGUUAAAUGAUAAACCCGUUGGGGAAUCGCCAACGAAAGUAGAGUUCGACGAAAUGAGUAUUGAAAUUGAACGUGCGGAAGGCAGAAAGAUGAAGAAUGCUAGCUAUUCUUCAUCGUUAGGAACAUUAGAAAUGAACUCAGUUAAUAUUGAUAACGAUACAUGCUUCACUAGAACUCUGAUUAUGUCAGAGAUCAAUCCGUAUAUGUGGGAUAAAACAUCAUCCGACGUUACAUCAAGCGUUACAGAAUUUGUUAUCCGUCCUUGUAAUGUAACAAUAAAGGAUGGAACGAGAAAAAAGCGAAGUAUCAAAGAUAACAUUGAAGCAAAUUUUUCAUUAACUUUAAAAUUGACAAACAAAGCAGACCAGGAAGGCCAAUUAAUUAAUACGACAAAAAAAUCUGUUAUUCAUACUUUCAAUAUAACUCAGGAUAUACAUCCAAUACAAUUAUCUUUCGAUUUAAAAGAUAGCCCACAAUUAUCAGUAUUAAUAGGAUUUGAAACUCGUCCAACUGAUAGCAUAAAUAAUGGCUCCUUUACAAUUCCAAAUACUAAUAAGACAUGUACAACUGCAAUGGAUGAAGACUAUUGCAGUGAAUAUCAGAGGACAAUUAUGUUUAAAUCUCAAAAAAAUCAAACUGUAUUUCUAGUAGUUUCGAAUGGAGACUGCUCGAAUUGUUCAACAGAACUUUUAAGCUAUAAACUAAUGAUAUUCAAUACUUCUUGUAAAACUUGGGAUGGGUCUGCUUGGAAGCUUGAUAAAAGUUGCAAAGUUGAAGAAGGAAGCACUGCAACAAAAGCGAAAUUUACAAGUAACUUAUUCGGAAGCUUAGCUGCUGGAUUAGAUGUUGCUCCAAAUUUAAUAGAUUUUGAUACUGUUUUUGAUGAUUUCGCUAGUAAAUUAGCGGAUAAUGCCGCAGUUUUUGGAACGGUUUUGGCUAUCCUUGUAUUAUUUAUUCCAUUUGCCGCUUUAGCUAGGAGAAUGGAUAAAAAGGAUGCAAAGUUGUGGGUACCAAUGCCAUUAUUGGAUGAUUUCGAAGAUGAUAAGUUCGAUUAUGAAAUUCAUAUAAUGACUGGCAAUAAAACAGGAGCAGAAACAAAUUCUCAAGUUCAUUUUACGAUUUAUGGAACUGAAUGUGAUACAGGACGGAGGAAGCUAGAAUCGUCAACAGUAAGAACUUUCCCUAAAGCUAGUACAAGAUCAUUUACUAUGAAAACUUGCCAUGACCUUGGAAUGUUGGUUUGUAUAAAAAUAUGGAUAGAAGAGAUGCCCUUCAUUUCGAAAAAAUAUGAUCCUUGGUUUUUAUCAAGAAUUGUUGUUAUUGAUAAGAACUCUAAAAAGUGGUACAGUUUUGAAUGCGAUCAAUGGCUGUCGGAUGAACAUGAUGAUUUCGAAACGGAAAGAAUUCUAAUAGCAACUCACGGGGAAAAUAAACAAGGAAUGAGUGAUUUGUUUAAGAAGAAUAUUAGUAGAAGACUAACUGAUGACCAUUUAUGGGUAUCGGUUGGAGCCAGAAGGACAAAGUCUAAUUUUACAAGACUUCAAAGAUUGGUUGUUUGUCUGGAUGCUCUAUUUUUGGCGAUGAUUGCCAGUUGUAUGUUCUAUAGAGGUCAAGAUUCUUCGAAAGCUCAAGCAAGUGGACUUAAAUUUGGUCCAUUCACGUUUACUAUAAAUGAACUUUAUGUUGGAUUUGUCAGUUGUCUUAUUGCAUUUCCUGGUUUGAUUAUGAUUACUCUCUUAUUCAAUGCAAAGAAGUAUCGCAAAGUAACUGUCCCUUUUGGGUGGAUUCUCUCGAUUCUAGCCGCAUUAGUAUCAGCAUUCUUUACAAUCCUCUAUUCAAUUCAAUGGGGAAAAGAAAAAUCGUUACAAUGGCUCUUAUCUUUCUUCUUAUCAUUCCUUCAAAGUGUUGUAUUAGUUCAACCCAUCAAAGUGUUUCUGGUAGUUUUUUUUAUAACAUUCCUAUUUAAAAAAGAUGCUAGCUACGAAGAUUACGAAAAUGAUAUCGGAGAAAUGAACAAACUACAGGCGGAAAACUUGAAUCAUCUUCCUCCAGAAUUGAAUAUUCAAGAAAGAUUGAGAUCUUCAGCAAAACAAACAAGUGAAAUGAAACGUAAGCAAAUGCUAGAGGAUAAAAUGAACAACAUGAUCAAGAACAUCAUCUUACACGUAAUAUUCCUGAUUUUAGUUAUAUUCAUAUGCUAUAGCAAUCAAGAUCCAAUGUUCUAUUAUCAAAAUAAGUCUAUUUAUAAAAGUCUACUAGAUCCUAAAAUUGUUAAGAGUCAUGAUAAUCUAUGGAAAUGGUUAGAAACAUCGGUAGUUCCUAAUAUGUAUCCAACAGCAUAUUAUAACUCCAAAAGUAGAACUAAAUACGAUCUGAAAUUUACAAAGGAAUUAAAUCAUAUGAGAUUCUCCUCUGUUCGAUUACGUCAGCAACGAAUUGUUAGUCGAACUUGUAAGAUUGAUAGUAGAUUAAAAGUACUGCUUAAAAAUUUUGAGUGUGUAGAUAGUAUAAAAGAAGAGUAUAAUUAUUCACUUGGUUGGACGGCAUAUAAUUCUUCAAAUUCACACUCAGCAUUCGCAUUUUCAAACGAGAACGAUGGUUAUUCAAUAUCAUUAGGUUUAAAUGCCGAAGAAGCUCUACAAAUAAUUAAGAAGCUGAAAAAAUACGGAUGGACAGAUCGAUUUACACGUUUGAUUACUCUAGAUGUAACAAUUAUGAACCAUGAAACUGUUUCCCAAGCUAUGUGGAAAUUUGAAAGAAAGCGAACAGGAGGAAUAUGGGGCUCAGUUCGAUGCGAUUCUCUCAGAUUAUAUAGAUAUACAGGUGCUCUGGGAUUGACAACUUUAAUCAUUGAAAUUCUAUCCUGCGUAUUUUUCAUAAUUCUACUAAUUAGAACGAUAUAUCGCUUCCUAAAAUUUAAUCAGUUACCUGGAAUGCUAUUAGCCUUAUCUUUAGUAUGCUUUUUAAUUGCAAUAGCACUUUAUGUCUGGAGAACGAUAAUUGGCGUGAAAGCUGUUGAAACUGUUAUGAAUUCUAGAGAAAAAUACACCGACUUAUCAACCUUCUUCAAUGCGCAUGAAUAUUUUAUGAUAUUCAUUGGAUUUAGCGCAUAUUUUGGCCAACUUCACGUUUUAAGUCUAUUAAAAGUUUCAAGAACUAUAUCAAUUCUUAUAAUGACAUUAUAUAAGUCCAGAUACGAAUUAUCGGCAAUCGGCUUUUGUUGCGUAAUCUUAUUCUUGGCAUACGCAAUAUCUGGAUAUAUCUUGUUAGGACCAAACACAUAUAAAUAUAGUACAUUUAAGAUUACUUGUUACGCUCUGGUUGAAACCGUAUUUGGACAUUUAUCGUUUAAAGAGCUGUCAACCUCGGCAGGAGUUGUUGGAAAAUUAUUUAUCGUAUCCUAUGGACUAUUAAUGUUAUAUUUAAUAUUGAACGUGUUUAUUACGACGCUUAAUGAAUUUUUAGCGGCUGUUAAAGGUGAUCCAAAAGUUUUACCGCCAGAUCAUAAGGUAUUCGAAUAUAUGACAACUAUAGUUAAAGACGUAUUUAAGAAGAAUAAAUCAGACAACCCAUCAAAGAUAUCUAAACCGGCCAAACAAACUAACUUUAAAGCCUUGGCAGAUAGAGUUGAAGAUCUCCAAACGAUUUGUAAAAAUAAUGAAGAUAUAUUAGGAGAUGAAAAAUUGUUUCCAUGUGAAUUUGAUGAGGAAGCAUUAGAAGAGGAAUUAUUAAAAAUAUUGGACGAUGUCUCUACAGCAGUGACUAAACAGACUGAUUAG